GCGGGCUUGUGUUCGGAAGGCGCUGUGCGAGUUCUUACGUGUGAGUUACCGGUACCGUACUUGUCGGUAUGCUACCGCUCUACAAAUAAACACGGCAUCAUACCGUAGGUUUUCAUCUACAGUGGUAUGAUAUCCGGAUAGCAAUAACUGUAUGGAAAACGGCGCGAGGGUGAAGAGGAGUUAUUUCUUGUCGGCAAGGGACUCAUACAACACAUCUUUUCUGUUCCUCUAACCCCUGACGAAGUCUUUCUGGAUGGAGAGAAUCGACGGGCGGAUGAAUGGAUCCAGGGACUAAAUAUCGGUACUGUACGAGUAUCAUGCUUAAGUAAAUUUACUUUCCACGAGUGGAGGACCCUUUUUUUUUUUUUUUUUUUGGUCCAUAGCGGAAUAGGGCAUGUGGUGCAGGUUAUCGGAAGCGACUCCGCAGAAAUACUUUGUGGCCACUCGUGGACGGGAUGUGGCUGGAUUUGUUCUUCGCCUGUCAGGUUCCUCUUCCUUUGUCUUCAUAUUCGACUCAGCUUUGGCGUUUGAUGGAUACCGGUACUGUACUAAUACGAUGCAAAGAGGAUCACCGCGGCGGGCCAGACAUGCUUCACACGCAAGCCUGCAAGUGUCGGGGCUCUGGCAUAAAUUGUUAUCGUGCUCUGGGUGCGCUGGCUUAUUAUGUUUUCGGAGAUGCGAUGGCCUCCUUAGGAUGGUGAUAGAGGUGAUGGAUAUGGUGAUGGCACUGUAGCUAUUCCUGCUUAUCUCCAUGGAAAGAGGGCUGUGGAUGGGACGGGGCGGGGCCGGACACC